AUGAGCGGCAGCUUCAAGGUAAAACCUGCGGCCAGAGUGUCGGGGCAGAAGCAGGAUGUGUGGACCAUUGUCAAUGAGGCGGCAGCUGCGUCGCCCAAGCAGCCCAUUGUGAACAUGGGCCAGGGCUUCUUCGGCUACAACCCGCCGAAAUUCAUUCUCGAUGCUGCCAAGGAGGCGCUGGACCGCGUUGAUUGCAACCAGUACUCGCCUACCAAGGGCAGGCCGAGGUUAAAGAAGGCCAUUGCCGAUGCCUAUUCGCCCUUUUGGGGGAGGAAGAUUAACCCCGAGACUGAGGUGACGAUUACGACGGGGGCCAAUGAGGGUAUGCUCAGUGCCUUCAUGGCUUUCAUUGAGCCGGGUGACGAGGUCAUCAUCUUUGAGCCCUUCUUCGACCAGUACAUUAGCAACAUCGAGAUGCCUGGCGGCAAGAUUGUCUAUGUGCCCAUGCACCCUCCAGCCACCGGAGCCACUAAGACCUCUUCAGCAGCCGACUGGACCAUUGACUUUGACGAGCUAGAGAGAGCCAUUACUCCCAAGACAAAGAUGAUUGUCCUCAACACCCCUCACAACCCCGUUGGCAAAGUCUUCUCCAAAGACGAACUGCAAAAGAUUGGUGACCUGUGCGUCAAGAACAACAUCAUUAUCCUCUCCGAUGAGGUGUAUGACCGCCUGUUCUACGUGCCUUUCACCAGAAUCUCGACCCUGUCUCCUGAAAUCGAGCAGUUGACAAUCACGGUUGGCUCUGCUGGCAAGAACUUUUACGCCACAGGUUGGCGUGUUGGCUGGCUCAUGGGCCCGGAGCAUCUCAUCAAAUAUGUCUCUGCGGCACAUACACGAAUUUGCUACUCGUCUGUCUCGCCUCUACAGGAAGCCUGCGCCGUUGGAUUCGAAAAGGCCGAGGCCGAAGGUUUCUGGGACGAUGCCAUCCGCGACAUGAAGGGCAAGAUGGACCGUUUCAACGAGGUCUGGGACGAGCUUGGCCUCCCUUACUCGGAGCCCGAAGGCGGCUACUUUGUCCUCGUCAACAUGAACAAGGUUCAACUCCCGGAGGACUACCCCUUCCCUCCCCACGUGGCAAGCCGGCCGCGAGACUUUAAGCUGUCGUGGUUCUUGAUCCAGGAGGUUGGCGUUGCUGCUAUCCCGCCGACUGAGUUUUACACGGAUGAGAAUGCGCACAUGGCGGAAGAUUACCUCCGAUUUGCGGUUUGCAAGGAGGAUUCGAUAUUGGAGGAGGCGAAGAACAGGUUGAGGGGACUGAAGAAGUAUAUGAAAUAA